AUGAAGGGUCUAUUCGCAGUUCUUCAAGCCACCUUGAUAGCUGUGGCUAGCGCUGCCGUCGCUGAUAAUUCGGCCGCGGACAAGUGCCCUGGCUACAAGGCCUCCAACGUCAAAACAUCUGCUCAUGGCCUCACGGCCGACUUGAAACUCGCGGGCAAAGCCUGCAAUGCCUUUAGCAAGGAUGUCGAGCGUUUGAAGCUCGUCGUCAGCUACGACACUGCCGAACGAAUCCAUGUCCAAAUCGUCGACGCCGACGAGCAAGUGUACCAGGUGCCCGAGUCCGUCUUCCCGCGCCCUCCCUCUGGUGGCGCAGACCACAAGUCUUCGGCUCUCAAGUUCGACUACAAGAGCAACCCGUUCUCCUUCAAGGUCUCGCGCACCAAGACGGGCGAGAUACUCUUCGACUCCUCGGCGGCGUCUCUCGUCUUCGAAUCGCAGUAUCUGCGCCUGCGCACAUGGCUGCCUGCGUCGCCCAAUCUGUAUGGUCUCGGCGAGCAUACGGACAGCAUGCGGCUCCCGACGGCCGGCUACACGCGCACCCUAUGGAACCUCGACAACCCGGGCGUCGGACAGAACCAGAACCUGUACGGCAGCCAUCCCAUCUACUUUGACCACCGCGAGGAGAGCGGCACGCAUGGCGUCUUCUUUCUCAACUCCAACGGUAUGGAUAUCAAGAUUGACAGCGACGCUCACGGCCAGUACCUCGAGUACAACACAAUUGGCGGUGUCUUUGACUUUUACUUUCUCGCGGGCCCGUCGCCGAUUGAAGUCAGCAAGCAGUAUGCCCAGGUCGCAGGUCUGCCAGCGCUGACACCGUACUCUGGUCUCGGCUUUCACAACUGUCGCUGGGGAUACGCCACCAUUGAUGAGGUGGCUGAGGUCGUCGCCAACUACAGCGCCGCCAAGAUUCCUCUCGAGACGAUGUGGACGGAUAUAGACUACAUGGAGGGCCGUGCUGUAUUUUCUCUUGAUCCCAAAAAUUUCCCUCUCGACAAGGUGCGCAGCUUUGUCACAGGGCUGCACGACAAUGGGCAAAAGUACGUUGUUAUGGUUGACCCUGCCGUGGCCGCCAAAAACUAUGCGCCGUUUCACCGAGGUGUCGACAGUAACGCCUUCAUGAUGUUCAAGGGCGACGUCUACCGCGGCGUCGUCUGGCCUGGACCUGCCUCCUACCCAGACUGGUUUGCGGUCAACACCACCUCGUACUGGAACAAUGAAUUUGCAGAGUUCUUCUCCCCAGAGACGGGUGUCGAUAUCGACUACCUGUGGAUCGACAUGAACGAGCCCUCCAACUUUUGCGAGUUUCCGUGCGACAACCCGCACCGCCGCCGCGAACUCGGCCCCUCGCAGCAGCAGCAGGUCAUCCGGGGUGACGUCGAGUCCCGUGAGGAGGCCCUCCACAAAGGUCUUCCUGACCGCGACCUCUUGUUCCCCAAAUACCACAUUAACAACCAGGAUGGCGGCCUGCCCAACAAGACGGCCCGUCCGGAUCUCAUCCACGCUAACGGCCUGACCCUCUAUGACACGCACAACCUCUACGGUACAAUGAUGUCUUCCUUUUCCCGCGCCGCCAUGGUUGCCCGCCGCCCAGCCAAACGACCACUCGUAAUUACACGCUCGACUUUUGCUGGCGCCGGCACGCACGUCAGCCACUGGCUCGGCGACAACCUAUCGACCUGGGACCACUAUCUCUGGAGCAUUCGCGGUAUGCUCGCCUUUGCCUCGUUCUUUCAGGUGCCCGUCGUAGGUUCCGACGUGUGCGGCUUCGGCGACAACACCACUGAAACGUUGUGCGCACGCUGGGCCAUGCUCGGCGCCUUCCAGCCGUUUUAUCGCAACCACAACUCUCUCGGACAGGUGUCGCAGGAGUUCUACCGCUGGCCCUCCGUCACGCAGGCCGCGCGCAAGGCCAUCGAUAUUCGUUACCGCCUCCUCGACUACUUUUAUACGGCCCUCCACGAGCAGUCCAGCUCGGGCACGCCCUGCCUUAACCCCAUGUUCUUCCUCUACCCGCAGGAUAAGGCGACCUACGGCCUCGACGCCCAGUUCUUCUACGGACCCUCGUUGCUUGUCGCGCCCGUCAUUGGCGAGAACAGUAACGAAGCCAGCUUCUACCUCCCCAAGGACACAUUCUACGACUUUUACACGCACGAAAAGGUCGUCGGCGAGGGCAAAAUCGUCACCCGGCCGGACCAGAAGCUCGACGACCUGCCGCUCCUGCUGCGCGGCGGCACCAUUGUGCCUCUGCGCGUGCAGUCGGCCAUGACGACGGCCGAGGUCCGCCAGCAAGACUUUGAGCUGCUGCUCGCGCUCGACGACAAGGGCGAGGCGUCGGGCAGCCUGUACCUGGACGACGGCGAGUCGAUGGACCAGCACGGCAAGACGACGCUAAUCAACUUUACGUACAAGGACGGCGUGCUCCAGGGCAGCGGCACCUUUGGCUACGUGACCAAGAGCGCCAUCAGCAAGGUAACCGUGCUGGGCGGCGGCAAGGCUGCGUCUGCUGCAGCCACCACCAAGACGAGCAGCUCUGCAGAAGUCAAGCAGGAACUGUCUGGUGCCUUUACGAUUGAUGUCACCAAGCUCCUGGCUUAG